CAAUACAUGGGGCUGGUAUAAACACAUCGGCAUUUAGUGAACCGGUGACUGAGGUCAAAUAUCUCAUGUAUAACCAUAGGAAAAGUCGGAUCGCACCACCAUGACUUGUCACACCGUUUAUGCAUAGAUUUUUAUUCAGUGCCGACAUGCCUGCUAACAAAGUUCAGUUUGAGCCAAUUUUCCAAUACAAAAAUGUUAUUCCUCUCAUCGGACCCAGGAAAAAAGAGGAUGAAAAACGGAAGAAACUUCUCACAAAUCUUGGUGGAACAGUGACCGGGAGAUCCGGAUUGUUUCAACCCUGCUCCAACGCCCAUGACUUCCGUCAUGUUCCGUCUUCACCUUAUACACAUACACGAAGACCAGGUAGCCAGCAAAAACAGAAGACAGAUGGGCAAGGUACGCUGCAUUCACCGCUUCAGCAAAGGCAGAGGUCAGAUGGACAAGGUACACAGUCUUCGCCGCGUCAGGAACUACAAAGGUCAAAAAGAUUACGCACGCCAUAUUUAUCCCGCCUUGGGUCGGAUGGUCGAAGACCAUGGACUUCACCUUAUGAAAAAUCAAAGACGUCAACGCAAAUAACUCCUAUAGCUGUCUUCUUGCCACCAGCGCUCCUGAAUUCAGUCAUCAACGCCCGGAGUGGGUCACUGAAUAUAGAUCUUUAUCCCAAAAGGCCACAAAGUACAGCUAGUUUGAGAGCAGUUUCACGUGGCCCACAGGGGAAAGGGUUAUGGUCGCACGACAGAUGCCAAAGUGGAUUACCUAGAAAAGGUUCCGUAAUUUCUUCUGCAGAUGUGCUGCAUCAGGGUCAUCGUAAGAAAUGUUCAUGUGAUCAGAAUUUGUGCGUACACAAUGAAAAGGUUCGUGAAGAUGGUGGGUUGGUGUGCACGGCCAGGUGUUUUAAUCAUUUACACAAAUCCUGUCUGUACAAGGUUAACUUUUGUCAAGCAGCCAGUGCUUACUUCCCGUUCGAUCUCUACAAGUGGAAGAAAAUAGAACCAAAGACACCUGUAGCGGGAAAACACACAGGACAUGAACUGGGUCCAAGAAUAGAAGCAUCUCCCGUGGACAAAAUAGUGCCUCAACAAAAUAAACCAAAUUUGACCAAGCAACAACAAUAUGAUACACUUGCCUAUGUGAAACUGCGACCACUUCUGCCUAAAUUGAAAACAGGAGAACGAGUGUUCUUCAAGUCCCCGGAUGAUGGCUGGUACUACCAUGGUACUGUGCUCCAGAACUGUCAAAACAACCUCUACGGCGUUAGUGACGUCAAUGGUCACCAAGAAGAAAUAUGGCGGGAAGACAUCAUCAGACAAAUGGACCUGAAGACAAAUAUCAAAGUUGGCCGAGGGGUUUUAGCAGAGCACCCUUACUACCCUCUAAGUUAUGCUCCUGGGAAAGUGGUGUCUGUAGGGCGUCACGGGAUGUCGGUGAGGAUGUAUGAUGGGACGGAAACUGUAGUUACCACAGCCCACGUUGCUCUGGCUCCAGACAAACACAACAAAGAUGUUGCAGAUAUCAAGGCAAUUGCGGAACAGUGGGUGCAUCAGACGGUUUUAGCAAGAAACAAAGUCGGUGAAUACCAUCUAGCUCGGAUUGUUGGCAUUGCCACGACUCCACAUCACUACAAGGUCGCCUGGCAACAAUCUGCAAGCAGCAACAACUCUGCAGAGGAGGAGGUUGAGGUCGUGCAUCUGUUUGGUGCUCUGACACCGAUAAGGCCCAUUUGGAAGAAUGACUAUGUCCUUGCCCCAGCUCAAGAUAAAUCUCCGUGCUAUCUACCAGCAAAGGUUACUGAAAGCGGGUCGAACCUCAAGGUCAUGUUUGUCGGUAAGAGUGAAAGAGAUGUUGCUGAGUCAACAUGUUUCUGGAUCAGUUCGAGUUACUACAUGGAUGCUGCACCUAACUAUAUACACUGGCGGCAGAGGACAGGCAGGUCCACUCCCUGAGGAUACUGUCACCAAGACGGAGAUUGUCCACACAAUCAAUUCUUGACUAUAGAUUGUUUAGAUUUGUUUGGUAACAUAUGUAAUAUCUGGGAUUACACUUUCUUAUUAAAGUACAAGUUCUAGUACUUUUGGGGGUUGAGUUCCAUCCGGGACUCGAACCGACACCCUCAG